AUGCACGAGGUGUCCCAGAAAACCUCGCGACCCAGUAGUGAACCACAUGAUAUUAAGGAACAAUUGGAGGACAGUGUCAAGAGCCAUGUGGCCAAGUGUGCCAGCGCUUCGUUAAGCAAUAAAAGUGGAAGCGAUGCAGUUUUCUCGCCCAGUGGCAAGAUACCCUACUCUUCAAUAGAUUUCGCGUACAAGCGCCUAGUCGACUUUAUUGAUAGUUGUCAACACAAUGACAUCGAUAACGAAGACCCACCAAAGAUUUGGGAGCAUGACUGGGAUGCAUUUCUUUGUCAGCAUCACCAACUGGUCAAUGAGGAUGGCCGUAUUCAACACGAUGGCCAACGAACACUCGAUCACAUGAUAAAAUGCUGCAUAUCACUGGUGGAGAAAAUGAAGACACAUUGGCCCCAAUACAGCCUAGAUGGUUAUCAGAAUUUAUGGAUCGUGAAACCAGCCAAUAAAUGCCGUGGUCGUGACUGCAGCGUUUUUUGCCGCAGCUGCGACGCGACACUCCUCGUCAUACCAUUGGUUCCGUGUGGGUGGGCGCUUGAACCCAAUGGCUGUUUCAGCGGCAGCUCGCAUGGAGUGGGAUAUGUGCGCCCAGAGUCCGCCGGCGUCAACAGGGAGAAGGAACGCCCUCUUAUAGUCUUUCAAACUAAAUUUGACAUACGCCAAUGGUUUCUUAUAACAAACACGCAGCCGCUAGUUGUGUGGUUCUAUAGGGAAAGCUACUUGCGAUUUAGUUCACAGGAAUACAGCCUAAGCAAUCAUCAUGAGUCGGUGCACCUAACUAACCACGCGAUUCAAAAGAAGUAUCCAAAUGGUAAAAGGGAUAAGAGACUGCCCAGUGAGAACAUGUGGGAUUGCUACUCGUUUCAGGCGUAUUUGCGUCAGAUUGGGAAAUACAAUAUGUGGUUGGAACGGAUUUAUCCAGGAAUGCGAAAAGCAAUAGUGGGUACCAUGUUGGCAUCUCAAGAAAAUAUGGAUAGACGGCUAAAUACGUUUGAGCUGUUUGGCGCAGAUUUUAUGAUAUGCGAGAACUUUUAUCCUUGGCUUAUCGAGAUUAACUCAAGUCCUGAUCUGGGUGCAACAACUAGCGUGACAGCACGUAUGUGCCCCAAGUGCCUUGAGGAUGUAGUUAAAGUGGUCGUGGACAGACGUUUGGAUCCUAAGUCUGAUUUGGGGAAUUUCGAAUUGGUCUAUCGGCAGGUGGUGCCCCCCGACACCCGCCUACAUGGGCCUUAAUCUAUUUGUCAAGGGCAAACAGUUACUGCACAAGGUGAAUCACGGGCAUAGUCAUUCUACCAGCUUAUACCAGCAACAGCGAAAGGAGCGUAGC